UCCAAAUUCACAGAAGAGUAUAUCAAACAACAUGAACGUUUUACAAGCCUGCUUUCUGAUCUGCCUGGGCCUCGUCUUCGGCAGCACCAAUGCCCAGGUACCCACCCGGCAAGAGACAACCAGGGACAAGGCCUGUGGUCCUAGACGCUACUACAGUGAAGCUCGUCACACCUGCCUGCCCUAUUAAGAAAGGUGUCUAGGUUUUAUUUAAUAAAGUCAAAGUAAAAAUUAAAUAAAUAAAAAAAUAUAUUUCAAGAGCA